GCUCCUUGCUCUUCCGGUCAAUAGCUUGGACUAUGUAUUGGCUAAACGGCAUAGCAAACCAACUCUCACUUCGCACAGCUCUGAAAGGAGUUCCCAAGACUCAUACUUCGCACGAAAAUGAGGCAAACACUUACUUUCCAUCGUCGCUUGAUAUCAUCGCUAUCCAACCUUCACACCACGCAUCAUUCUUCAUUACUUGCACCCGAUCGGCGCUUCAUUUAUGCCAACCACCAUCCUGACCUUUGUCGAACGAUCCGAAAAACAUAUUGAAGAGUUUGGCGAAAACCACUCACUUUUAUGGAAACCCGACGCGUCCGCCGUUGCCAUCAUUACAACCAAAAAUUAUCUUCUAGUAUAUGCCGUCCUGACGUUUGAUCAGCCCUCACUGGAGUUCCACUUUUCUACUGCACAACAUGCAUCUAUUAUGGGACCAGGCGAAGGAAAAGGAUCACGGAGUGUGUUAUUGAAAUUUCGAUUAGCUGUUCGAGUAGAUGCUGGCAUCGCAUGUGGCACAUCAUCCGACGAUGCAUUGAUUAUUGCAACCAAAAACCCACCUGCUGUGCAGUGUAUCUCAUGGAAACCUCAUCGCGUCAACUCAACGCAAACAGCUAUACAAAACACUCUCGAUAUAUUCAUUAAGAAAUCAGAACAGAUACAACGAUUGAUUUAUGUAAAAGCAAUGAAUAUAUCCGUGUGGAUUACGAAUGAGGGCCGGGCUUACUUUGUCCAAUGUGCCAAUAAACCUGGCCCUGAGCGACGAAGUAGUAAAGCAUCAAAUGACUCCGUCUCUUCCGCAGCAGCAGGCAAAUCAUCCCCAUUAGCUGAUGGUUCGAGUACGAGCUCCGCGCCAAGUAUGCCAUCCUUUGCAGAUCCUAUUCAUUGGUCAGGCGUAUGUUUCCAUGGAAAGGAGGACCAAGACCUAGAAUUUGGCAAACAAGCUACUUGUGUUGCUGUCAAUCCAAAAUUCUCUUUGAUCGCUGUCGGUACCAAGAGUGGAAUAGUGUACGUUUAUUCCAUCCAGAAUUACACAUCCGCACCGUCGCUCUCGCACGAGUUAUCGAUUGUCAAUGAAGGUUACACCUUGGAUCCAGUCGGUAACAGUACGUCGUCCGAUGAGUGCAGUAUUACCUCCAUGGCUUGGACUACGGAUGGCUACGCGUUGGCGGCAGGAUAUCGUCAUCAUGGUUUAGCUCUAUGGACGGUGUUUGGACGCACUUUGUGUUCUAUGGCGGAUGUGGAUGAUAUACUUGGCUACCACAAGCAAAUGAAUGGAGAAUAUGCGCAGAGGCUUUCACGUCUGCAAGAUACUUACGUUUUGGGCGUCGAUGCAAUGUUUUGGGCCCCUGGAAACUACCAAUUGUUUGCGUUGGCAGGAAAUCAUAUCACAAAACAAAAUAACUACAACGGUUCACUCCAGGAGAACGUACGGUUCUUUGCUAUACCUUUUGUCAAGUCCGCGCUCACUGCAUUUCAUAAUUCCGAAAGCGCACGGCGAUGUCUUUUACAGGCAGAUGACCGAUUACUGCUAUACAACAAUGGAGGAGAAUAUCAGGAGAAUAACACGUCGACCAUUGAUCCCGAUGCGGUCACUUGGACUCAUAUUCCGUACCCAACCAUGUAUAUUACAGAACAUUGGCCAAUUCGGUAUGCGGCUAUCAGUCAAGAUGGCAAAUUUAUUGCUGUUGCUGGCCGGCGGGGGUUAACUCAUUACAGUACGAUUUCCAGUCGAUGGAAGAUAUUCGGGAACCAACAACAAGAGCAAAGCUUUUUGGUGCGCGGAGGGCUUGCCUGGUACAAGCAUAUUUUGAUCGCUGCUUGUGAAGUCAUUGGCCCAUCCAAUUCGAAAGCUUACGAGCUUCGUUUGUAUUCGCGAGAUAACAAUCUGGACAAUGCACAUGUGCUUCAUACAGAAACAUUGCCCUACAUGCCCGCAUACGUUAAUAUAUGCGGAAAGUAUUUACUUGUCUAUACGACAGAAAAUGUUGUUAAUAUUUAUCAUGUCAUGACGAACGACAACUUCGUUAAUGCAUUGACGGCGAAUAAUCCGGCAUACCACGCAAAAUUGGAGCUAAUUAGACGCAUUUCUUUUGCUGAUGUUGUUGCACGCCCAGCUCGAUUACGAAGUGUCAGUUUAUUUGGCAAUAUGAAAGGAGAGCAAAUAGAACACAUAGAUGAUGUGAUUUCAGCGAAUAUUCUUCUGUUAGUGGACGGAAAACUGAUCAUGCUGACUCCUCGGAUACCGGAUGAUGAUGAUGAUUCUGACCUGAUUGAGCAUUCAUUUGACCAACAAACGCAAUAUGAUCUUCAUGUCCUUUCUGAUAAUAUCGAAUACUAUUGGAUUGGACGGAAAUCAAUCGCCAAUUUACGCACCUCGCUCUGGUUAAUCGAUGGAAAAGGCAUUAAACUUCUCACCAAUUUAUUACGAGGCGAGAGCGAUGAUGCAUUUAACCGUAUGACACAUGAUAUAUUUGAGAGCGAACCUUCCACACCAACGACACCGGGUUUUUUUGCCGCGAAAAGUAAUCUUGGUCAGCCCUAUUCUCUUGGUUACCGGAUUAACCCCGAAACUUCUUCGCCCAACGCUUCUAUUAUCGAAUUGGAAGGGGUAUCUCGGUGGCGCAUCGAUACUCUGGAGGAAGCGAACCUGCAGGCCCUUUAUAUUCCCUUGGAUUCUUAUCCUCACGCUGUGCUUCUCGAAAAAGGGGUGAUUGUAGGUAUCGAGCAGAGUAUGGCAUACAAAAAUGCAUUAGGUUUGAUGGUUUUCAAAGCAAGCACCAAAACGCAUUUGUUUUUGCAUCAUCUAUUUCGGCAUUUAUUGAUGCGAGGACUUGAGGAAGAUGCAGUUGUAUUUGCUCGUGCCUACGAAGGGCUAGUCUAUUUUGGUCAUGCACUAGAAAUUCUUUUGCAUAUGGUGCUAGAAGAGGAAGCGGAUCAACGGAAACGACAAGAUGCUAUCCUUCCAUUGGUGAUUAAAUUCCUGGAUCAGUUUCCCCAUGCAUUGGAUGUUAUUGUUAGCUGCGCAAGGAAAACAGAAGUGGCUCUUUGGGAUUUUCUUUUUUCUGUUGUAGGGAAACCCAAGGAUUUGUUUGAGCUAUGUUUAGGAGAUGGACGCCUUCGGACAGCCACUUCCUAUCUUAUUAUCCUUCAGACGAUGCAGCCGACGGCAGUAGGUGAACAGGAUACGACUCGCUUAUUGCAAAAAGCGAUGGAUGUAAACGAUUAUGAACUGUGCAAAGAACUUGUUCGAUUCCUCAGUUCUAUUGACAACACAGGCAAAACGUUGCAAGAAGCAUUGAAGGUCAUUCAGCAACAUAUGAACAACGAUGAGUAGCCUCAGCACGGUGACCCAAAGACUUGCAAUGUAACAGGACGCUGUAGUACAAUCUCUGCGAAGGUUUAGUCAUUAUCUUAGCUAAUUGUUUUGAUUAUCCUGAGUUUGGAACACAAAUAAUAAUUCAUGUAAAGUUAUGCC